UCCCAUUCUCUAGGGUUUAUGGCGGCGGCGUGGUGCUCCACGCCGUGCGCCAUGGGGAUCGACGAGGCCGGGCGCGGCCCAGUUCUAGGGCCGAUGGUCUAUGGAUGUGCUUACUGCGCUGUGGCGUACAAGGAGGAGCUAGCGAGCUUGAAAUUCGCAGAUUCCAAGAUAUUGACAGAGGGAAAACGAGAAAGGCUUUUCGAGAGCUUGAAGGAGGACCCAUCGAUGGGUUGGGCCGUGGACGUCAUUGAUCCGCGGGACCUAUCAGCUCAAAUGCUACGCAGAGUAAAACGAAGCCUGAACGACAUAUCCUAUGACUCAGCCAUUGGUCUCAUCAAGCUUGUUCUUUCCAGAGGCGUGCUACUUUCCGAGGUCUAUGUCGACACGGUUGGAGAUGCCGAAAAAUAUCAAGCGAGGCUUUCCGAGCUUUUCCCGCACAUAAAGUUCACAGUGGCUAAGAAGGCCGACAGCUUGUUCCCAAUCGUGAGUGCCGCUAGCAUCGCUGCAAAGGUGACAAGAGACCAAGCGCUGAAGUCAUGGGUCAUGGAUGAGGCCGGCUGCACGAUAUCAAGAAACUUUGGUUCCGGCUAUCCAGGAGAUCCUGAUACGAAGGCUUGGCUGGAGCAGCAUAUGGAUGAUGUAUUUGGAUUUCCAUCGCUCGUGAGAUUUAGCUGGGCCACCUGCAAGCCUCUCAUCGCGGAAGGCGGUGUCCAUGUUUACUGGGAGGCUGACGAAGACGAUGACACCGCACUUGUGAAAAAAUCUCGAUCUGCGCAAACGGAGUCGAGUGGAGCCCUGAGGCAUUCCUUUUUCAGGUCAAGGCAGCUACAGCAAGUUACUACACGUCUUUAAGAGCGAGCGAGGCCACCUACAGCAGCAGUAGUCACGUAAAACUUGCAAAGGAGUUUGAAAACUUGGCUUCCAAGUGUACCAACAUCACUUCCAAGCCAAGGAAGAGAGCUCCAGAAAAAAAAUGUAAGACAGGCUCUCUCGUUCGAUCUAAUUCUUCUUGGUGGCUCUCUUCAUUCUCGACGAAAUCACUGCUCGCAGGAUCUUCACGUACCUCCUCAGCCUCUUUCGAAGCGCAAACCGGGUGCUGCUCUUGCCUCUCGGGUUUUCAUCCUUGCGAACAAAGCGGUAGCUCUUCAAGUACGAUCCCCUGGAGACAAAUCCCUGCGACUCCCAAGAGAACUCAUCGCUAUCCUCUUCGUCCUCUCGAUCACUACUACCGCGACUGCCACUGCCGCGAUCACAGCUACUGGAACUGGAACUCAUUCCCGAAAGAACACCGGAGCGAUGCUUGGCUCCACGAAUGCCAUAGCAGAUUGGGGUCAUCAUCUCCACAGCUUCGAGAAGAAAUAAAACCCCCAGCAAGAAAAAUAAAACGCCUCCCUGUUCUUGCUUCCAAGCUCCAAACUUUUUUAAAUGGUACGAAUAUUCCGCC